AACGUUAGUGAAGUCUGAGAAAGGCGCUAGCAGACCCACCGUUUCAUUUGGUCUUCAUUGUCAUAAGUGUGCACGAUGUUUGAUAGAUUACCUUUGUGCUUAUCACGUUACGCAAAAAUGUGGCGCACAUUUUGUUUAUUUUUCACUUACGUUUGCAUUGAAGCACAUUUGUGACGCACACUUCAAUGAACGUGCUGUUUUAAUGUGGAUACCUUGAUUUCUCUAGUAUGAAGAUACCAACCUGAUACUUUUUAACAUCAAAGGCAGUGCAUGACAUAUUUUGGCGAAAUGCUUAAUCUCAACCACUCCUAAAAAAAUUCGAAAAGUUUCCAUAACGCUAUUUUGUAUAGACAUCUCUACAGUACUCGUGCCGUGCAAUAUUCGGCACGAUCUUAUCACAUUAAACGUUGCCGUUCUUAGUAGACUCAUAUCUCUUCAUACAAAUUACAGAUUCUGAGUUUUGUAUGGAAAAAUAAUCGUUUCCUGAUGAAGUUAGGUGUAUCGUUACAACUCUAGUUGCUCUUCAUGGGUAAAUGCGCAGAUGUAGCGUAAUUCUCACAACAGAUUGGUUGACAUGUAUAGGCUUGAAUACUUAGCUUCUUCCAGGUAUGUGCUACUGUUCUAGCUGUCCAAUAACAAUGCUGAAUUUUCCAAUGAACAUAAACGUCUUGUUUCCAAGACGAAGAAGUGAUUAACCAAUAUUGAUACAGUUAGCUGCACUCGAAGUUGUUUUCACUGAGGCUAGAUACAGAUAAGCGACGUUCACUCACUGCCAUACAAACUAGCUGACCGUAUUAUUAAUCAUUUCCGUGGUACUGAUUUGCCAUAAGUAUUUGGUUUGUAAAGUAUGUCAGUUACGAAGUGGUUCGUAUGCAUCCACUUAUUUGUUUCCCUCUAGAUCUUCGUCUUCGUUCACCUUCAUACAUACCUUUUUAUUGUUAUCUGGAAUUGUUCUCACUGUUAGUUCUUAUCAUUGCUAUUAAAGUUAUUCCGACCCAUAUACUGCUUAUCUUGCUAGAUUAAUUUCAUUGUGCUGAUGUCGUUUGGAAAAUUGGGUUAACUCAACUUUCCUAAUCUCCACAUUGUUCGUCUGACCGACUCUGGUAACGAUGACUAUUUUAUUAUCCCUAAGUCAUGAGUUUAGUUUGAAAUUUGAUAUUUGGUUGCUGAGGUUCUUCAGCGUAUGUCAUCUUACGGAUGACAAGUUUGUUAUUAAACUAAAACGAGCUGCAGUUUAGUCAUGCUAAGUAGUAUAAAGACCUGAGUAGCUCACCCGACAUCUGUAUGCAGUAUAUGUGGUUUAAUAUUUUUCUCGCAAAAAUUUGUGGAUUUUUUACCAUGUAUUCACCAUCAUAUUUACUACAUGUAAGUAAAAAUCUUUUUCGCAGAUAACAGUUUCCGAAAGACAGUAUCCAAUAAAUCUAUGUUAUUCAUGUAGAUGAACUUUAUAGCUCUUCAACACCAAAACUGUUGUUGUAUGGUUGCGCGUGCGUGACUUGCUGCGACAUGUGCCGUCUAAGCAAGUUUCUUAAUUAUUUUAACUGAUCUAGCCUCGUACAUUAUUCGACUAUAUUAUAACUUAAAAGCAUCCAUCUGUUAGCUUCUGUAUAUGAAUGACAUACCUGGUUGCAUGCAACAUUUCUUUUAAAUGAUCUUGGAUUUAUUAAUCUGGUUCAUAAAAGAAUAUUUAAUGCCAUUCUAUAGGGCGACGUUACCACAUUCACAUACUUAUUACCUACAAUAAUGUUGAUUCUUUGAGUUAAAUAGUGUACAGCGGUCACAGAAAUUAGUACACGCCCGAUAAAAUGAGACGGAGGUUCAUCACCAUAAACUUUGUUGCUUAACAAAUCCCUACCCACUGGUAACCUUAAUAAAUUUGCUGGGAAAAAUUUACUUAAUAUGGUUGUUGACAUGUAAUCCAUUCAAACACAAGGUAUUAACGUCUUUGAAUUCAUGAGGAUGAUUAAUGUUGGUAGUACAUUUUACAAGUCUCUAGUGCCACUUCUGUACAGAAGCUAACAGAUGGAUGCUUUUAAGGUUCAAUAUAGUUGAGUAGUGUUUGGAGAUAGAGCAGUCAGAAUAAUAACAAAGCUUGCUCAGAAAAUGGAUUUCGUAACAUAUCCCAGUUGACACAACCAGUAAGCAUCUAUUAGUCUUAUCCGACUUCUGAUUUGAGAUUAGUUGUACUCCGAAUAUUUAAUCAUAUCCGGACAUACUUAUGUUAUUGAUGUCAUACCGACUAUAAUCCUGACUGUCUAGUUUUUUUUUGCUUAAUCCCAGCUGAAGUCUCAUUUUGUACACUGUCUAUAGAUCGAGUUUGUGACCCACCAGUUACCCAAACAUCAUGCAAUGUAUCCAUAACCUCUCCACUUGCAUAGUCAACUGACCUGGCAUUUGCUGUUGCAAUUCACUGCAUAGGCUUCAACCCCGUUACUCAAUCUUAUCACACAUAAAUAGACACCCAAUAUAUAGUAAUAGUGGACUCAUAUUAACAGGGUACUGGCAUAAAUACAAAAUGUUGAACUUUUGCCAGUUUGCUCUACCAGUGUAUCAGAUGAGUUGUCCGUUUGCCUAUCAUAAAGCUAGUAUAGCUACUCAGUACUUUGCUUUGUAUUACUGUGGCAGUGAAGCAUCCUAUUUAAACGCAUAAAACAUAUAAAUACUCAGUCUAGCCUUUAUCAAUUGUAGUGGUUAGGACAUGCAUUACACAUUCACAGUAAUUUGACCCCGAUGCACUAGAGUAGCCUAUAAUAUGAUGGAACCGAAAGAUGGAAUAGCAUCCUUCCAUAAACUUAUAUGAUCAUUCAAAGUAAAUCUCAAUUCAGAGUCUAAUAUCAUUACAUUUAUUUCUGACCUCUAUUGUUAAUUUUAGUAACUUCAUCUUUCCGUUAAUUUCAUCACUGCAUGUUAAAGUGUGAAAGCUGGAGUCUAUAUGUAUGUCUCCUGGAAGUCUGUUCGAUAACCACUAUCAGUGUUUGGUAGGAGGACUUCGAAUGACAUGUCAAAAUCAGUUGCAGGGGAUCAAAUAAAUCCAUUUUUUAAUUCCCUCUUAAAUCUUCAGUUCUAGUAUCUUCAUACACUUCUCUCUAUUCCUUCUUUUCGAUUCAGGUUCUAAAUGUUCCAUCAUUCACUGUAUCACUGAUACUACCAGUAUUCCUAAUUAUUUGUUCAUUCUAUUAGUUUAAUCGUAUGUCUCGCUACGGCUACUUGGUCUAACGCAAAUUUGCAUCAGUCUCCAGGUUAAUCAUGACUCACUAAUUUCCCGAAAAGCUUUAAUAACUUAUUUGUUGAGUUGAAAGAUUUUCUUUCUCUGUGGUUCACAUUCAUAUGGUGCACUUUAGACUGAAGUAAAAACACUUCACUACUGGAAAGAAUAUUCGAUAUUAAUUCGACCAUACUGUUCGAGUUACUAUCGUUGCAUCUCUGGAUAGUUGACACAACCGCUGAACACAAGCUUAGAAAAUUUAUCUCGCUUAAUUUUCAGGUUUUUUUUAUAAAGUCAGUUACCUGAUUUAACAUCUUAGACUGUUAUCACUUGAGGUUAUUCAGUAAAGAAGGACAGGGUGGUUGAUUUUAAAUAUCGGUAUGAUAGGAACGUUGAACAUCGGUUCCACAAUAUUCCUUUACAAUUUUGAUUAUUUACACAAUAUUCAGCCUUUUAUUAGUCCGUAGGAUUUUCAUUAUAUUUGUAUCGUUACUUAUCGCUUUUAGAUGAUACAAUUCCGCGUACACGAAAUGCGUCUCAUGGUAAUGACAGUAAUAUUUCAAUAUUAAUCAAGCCUGAGGCUAAUGACGCAUCGACAUCUCAUGUACACCUUGAUAAUCAAACUGUUAUCAGUAGCAUUAAAACCGUUAGUUCUAUGCUGAUUCAUGAUGAUGAUCAUACUGAUAACUUGUUGAGUCAGAAAACAAGUAUUUGCAAAGCCAUUUCAUCAGUUAGGAAUGAUAUUCAAACUUCACCAAAUCCUACUCCAGGCCCUUCACAGACAGUAUGUAUAUCAAAUGUAAUUGGUGCUAGUGCUGAUUUUAUGAAUUCUAAGUAUAGAUCACCAACCACGUCUUACACUUCCUCAGAUCAAAAUAGAUGUUUUAGUGAUAUUUCUGUAAAUCGUACCUCUGGUUCACAAAUUGGGGAUCUCCAUGCACUAUCUGCUUCGUCUAGGCGUAUGACCAUUAUUCAAGAAACACCUCUCGGUACUCACCAUUAUCCUUCGGUUCCUCUCAGUUUAUCAACUAAUGGUCUUAGCGAGUCAUAUAACGAGGAUCCCGUUUUACGAGAGUAUGUUCAUAAAAAAUGUACACUACUAAGAUACCCUAUUCAGUUGGCUUUGGCAAUGUCGAAGUUAUGUUCACCAUCAAAAUUAUCUGACAAACAAGCAAAUUUCUCAGAGUUUAAUAAGACUUCACCUCGUCAGCUUUCCGAUCACGGUUACAUGGAGAUAGAUGCUAGUCAUUUCACUCUAAAUCCAUCUGCAAUACUUGCUAAAAAUAACACUGUGAUGAUAAGUAAUAUGAACCGGCCUCGGACGAAGGCUCAAUUACGUCAUCUGAGUGUUAACAAACCAAGUCACUCAUCAGAAAAGAGAACACAAGAUUUCGCUACACAAUCUGUGAACAAAAUCAUACAAUCAAAGGAAUCUGAAAGCCAUACACCAAUUACGAAUGAAUCAGAUGUAAUUGAGAUUCUUUCUGAUGAAGAGGAAAAAUGUGGUCCAUCCACUCCACAUUACAAAAAUCCGUGUGCUCUUGAAAGCAAUCAACUUCGUCACCGAUCUCGUCAGUUUUGUAAGAAUCUCCGGAAAACAACCAGACCGUCUACAUUAUACAGGUCCCAAGUUACCGCCAACUAUAAAUGGAAAUUGCGGUCAACGGAAGAUUCUGCUGGACUUCGAUUAGUUUCUUCACUUGAUUUCGAUAGAGACCCAGAAGCAAAAUUAUCACAGACUCCACACUGGGUUUAUACUUAUGCAUCAAGAUAUGAAAAAAGUGAAAUGAAAUCUCAUUUGUUACUUGGAGAUGUCUUGCGAAUUUUAUAUUUAUUACUAGUAAAUCGUAGAAAUCAAUUAGUUUUAAGAAAUGUUUUAAAACAUUGUCGACAUUAUUGUCGAAAAAUACCUUCAGGUGAUAUUCAUAUUUAUACAUCAACUGGUUUAUCACCUUUAAGAUCGAUUUCUUUACCACACUAUUCAUGCACUGUUUCAAAAUCUACUCGACUAUUUAUUGUACACUGGUAUUCUGAUAAUAUUUUGAAAGAAAUAUUAGCUGUUACAUAUAGCUGUUUACCGUCACAUGAAACUUGGUACAAUUGUUGUCCAAAAAUGUUGCUCCAUACAUUAUCAUAUUUAAUUUUUAAACCAGAUGCAAAGAAGCGUAUUUUAAACUUUGCAAAAACCUUCUCUAUUAAACAUGGACAAAUUUCAAGUGCGCUUUCGUUGUUACCAAUAAUACAAACAAACCAAAACGAUUCUACGAACAGUUCAUCAGUUUAUAACCUACAUGAUGGCCAUCAUGACUUGGAGUUGUAUACAAAGUUAUCUGAUUGUCUUCCCAAAUCACUUACAACUAUAUUGGAAACGAAUAUCGGUUUGCCCAUUUAUCAUAUUGCGGGAUUUGGAUUGCUUAUUAAUUCUUUUUAUAACACUUGCAUUCAUGUUUUCACUGGUACCAAGCCAAGUGUGCAUCAUAAUUUCAAUCUCCUGUCGGAUGAACGGUUAUGUGUUAAUCUGUUCAUUAUCAUGCAACGUUUACAUCAAGCUGUAUCUAUUUGUUUGUGCAGAUUACGUGAUUCUUAUGCAUCGCUUAUGUCAGCUGGCGCCUGUUUAAGAGCAAGAUAUGAACUUUCAAAAACCCACUGUAGCGACACUCAGCAACUACCUUAUUUACGUAUUGCUCGAGGUCGCGCACGUCUUUUCGAAUCAGAAGCUGUUGCUCGGGAUAAUAUUGGUCGCAUAUUUAAUGAAGAGGUUAACCCUCAUAUUCUCAAUCUAAUAAACCUAUUGGAACGUACAUACCAUAUUUUGCGCCAGUUAACAAAAAAUGCAUUCUUAUUUGGUCCAGUUUACAGUCGGAAUAUUAUGUCUUGCAAUGAUGAAAACUUGACUUUACUAAACUCCAAACAAUGGGUUAUGGAGUCGCUCAAAUAUAUGAAAAAAAUAGUUCAUUUGUCAACUGUUAUACCAAAGUUUAACUUCUCUCUCUUUGUUGAAACAUCUUUUCGUCUAUUUGAAUAUCUAACUAUUGAUGUAACUAGGCAUCUUCAUUUAGUUAUGGAAAAAGUGUUAUCUUUCAAGAAUCGACUAUCACAGACUCAUACAUCCAUUACUAACUCUUGGAUUCCAGCUUACAAAGGUUUAUCCACUGAAGUUAACUCACGUGCUGAUAUUGACUUAAAGUAUUUCUUUUCGUCACUGCAAGGCCAGUAUGAUGUAAUUGAGGUUUGGACUCGACGCCAGCAUGAAGCAGAAUUAAGAUCUAUUGGUAACGAAAUGAUAAACCUUCUCAAGACGCUUGGUAAAUGCUGGAAUUGUCAGUGGCUAUAUAGAAAUUUAAAGUUACCAUGUCCUGUUUUAAGUAUUCCAUACGGUUCUAAAAAUAAUUCAUCUCAUUUACUUCUGAAAGAACCUGGCAUAACUUCGCUAUCAUCUUGGCCACCAGUUCGUCCCAGUUUUAUUCUUACUCAACAUGUAGUCCGAACAAAACCACAGGAACAUACAAAUCAAAACGUAAUUUCUUUCAGCAGUGAUACACAAGAGUUUGUCUAUUCAAAACUGACAUUUUCGCAGGAUACAUCGACUAAAAUGCCCAGUUCUAACCUAAACAUAGAGUUCCCUUCUAUGGUUAAUAAUAAUAGCCAUAAGGCUGAUGCAUGUCAUUUUUCACUGAACAAUAACUUUGUUUGUGAAACGUUGUCUAGCGAUCAGGUCAAUGUUACUUCAGAUUUAAGUGUUGAAUGUCCUGUACCUCAAACUGUCAGUUAUCAUUCUCCUAACUGUGUACCUGAUAUAUAUAUUCUCAACCCUUCUGACCAAUUUCGUUCAGUUGAUAGGACUACGAAUACAUCUACGUUUGCAUCAUCAGAUCUUUGCAGUCAUCGAACUACUGAAAAAUUAUCAAAUACUAAAAGUUUACCUACUCAGUCGACUAUAAAAAACAAUUCAACUUUGUUGAACUCAGACAUCAGAGAAACUAGACACAGUGAUCCACCCUCUUUUGUUACUGCAAAUAGUCCUUUAGUUACUGGUGUCAGUAACAGUAGGUCGGAGUUUGAUUUAACAGACAUCAAUAAAAAAUCGUCUAAAGAAGCAGCCCUGGUGGAAUCAUGUGUUCAAAAUUUGUAUAAACCUUGUCAAGAUCAUCCUACAUCCAUUUUAAGUGACAAUGAAUCAAAAAAGUGUGCCGAUUCAGUUGAUACACAAUAUUUUAAUGCUCAUAAUGAGACAGAUGUUAAUCAAGAUUAUCAGAUUACAGAUGAUAUUUCAUCACCUCUUGAGUGCUUACUCACAGUCUCUCAAGAUAAUGAUCCAUUAUUUCAAAACAAUGCACAAAUAUCAUUUACACCAACUUUCAAGAACUUGACAGCAUGCGAUACCAAUCAAAUGGAGAACGGCUAUUCAGGUCCGUCUUCAGUUGUAGUAAACCAUUCGAUCACAUUUCCAGAGAUUGGUAAUACAGUUAUUCCAAACUCAUCAAACUCACUACAAAAGACUUGUAAUGAACAUGCUGAAAUACCCCCAUAUACAUCUCUAUCCAUUUUUGAUAAAGAUAUCACCACUGGGAAUAGCGCUUCUCCUACUAUUUCUCCCAAUAAUUCUGAUACUCAGAACUCGAAGUCCAAAUUACUUCAGCCUCCACGAGAUGCUCACGAUUUGAAUGGUUUGCUAGAUGAAAGUGUUUCUGUCUCAGCUUCGAAGUUUGAUCUACCCACUUCCUCAAACUCAUGCGAACCAGUUUCCAUAAAUUCUAAAACUAUUUGCGAUCAUCAUGCAAUUAAUUCCAUUUCCGGAGUUGCCUUUGCUGAAUCUCAAAAAUAUUCAUGUCCUCCUCUAGAGGAAAAUAAGUCUAGUAAUAAUUUCAGUUUCAUUAAUAAUAAAAUGAGUAAGCUAAUAGGAUCUACUGAUAUGUGCAAAAAGCAGUCGAAAGAAAAAUCUAUUAAAAAGGUUUGUAUCUACCUAUCGGAUAGGGCUAUUACUAACUCUCCUACUAAAGAUAUUGUGUCUCAAUGUAAUAAUGAAGAAAAUCAUGAAGUAUCGGACGAACCAGAUACUUGUAUAAUGUCCCUUGAUAGACGACGAGCUGCGAAACUUAAACGAAAGUUUAAAAAAAUUAACCACUCAACACUUGAAAUACAAGCAUCCACUACUUCCUCUGAUAUUUCAGAUACUUCUCAGACCAUUUUUGUAAAUGGUAGCGAAACAGCUUCGAAAGAUAUACAAUCAAUGAAUAAUAUAUAUAACAUGCCGAUCACUAAUAGUAGUCUUUCGUUUGAAGGAACUCUGCUUACUUCAUGUAAUUCAACUAACAUCGACAAAACUCACUCAGUAAAUAAAAUUGAACCUAUUACUCCUUGGCUAAAAGAAAAGUAUUUGCAUCCACAAGCUCCUGGUCCAAUUACAGCAGCUAUAUUAGGCCAAUCUGUUCCUGUAUUAUCUUCUGAUAUUUCAAUUGAUCUUACUGUUGAUGAUUAAACUAAGUUUAGUGUUAACAUUGAAUAGCAUCUAAACUAAAUACCGAUCAGAACUUCCAAUACUUACUGAACUUCGUGUAUAAUGUUGUACAUAAUAUUUAUUGCCCUCCAAUUCUUUACCAAGAUUCAUUUUGUGCAUAUCAUUGGAUUUUAUUCUACGUCAACUAUUUUUAUAGUUUCAUUUUAUGAUAUAUUUAUUUCAUUUCAAAGGCUUUUUAAUUAUGUAACGAAUCUCUUGUGGCAUGAUUUUUCGUCCAUUUGUCAACUUGACCAAUAAAAUAGUUCAUCUUCUCGAA